UUUAGGUAGAUUCUGUUCCCUUUUCUGAUACGAAUCCGACAGGAUUUGGUAAUGUUUGGUAGUUUGAAAUGGACGUCUCGUGGAACCACAACGCUAGCGAAUCCGCAGUCCGAUCGCUCAGUGGUUUAGCAGAUUGGAUUCUGGAGAUUUGGUAGCCUUUUAGUAUUAUGAACAAUCUUGGAUUUUUGUCGUUGUUCUUCUGUAAAACAAUGGCAGAUUUUGUUUUGUUUGUUGGAUUCGUUCUUGAGGUUUUGGGAUGGUAAAGGUGUGAUUUUUAUGGCGGCUUCUUAAUGUUUUCAUGGCGGAUGCAGGUGAAGGAUUAGAGCGGCGAUGAAGAAGGCGGAGCGCGUUGUCGAGGCGGCGGCGAGGAGCGGGUCGUCGCGGGCGAAAAGGCGGAAGGUGGUGGAGGUUUCAGGGCCGCGGGUGGUCCGCAUCUUUUGCGUUGACCACGACGCCACGGAUUCAUCUGGCGACGAGGGGGGCGGGUGUCGCCGCGUGCGGCGGGUCGUGCACGAGGUUCCGUUGGAAGGCGCGGCGGAGGCCGAGAAGGGAAGAGCUGCAGCCAGGGCGAAAAGGCGGGCGGAAUUGCCACCGGCAGCGGCGGCGGAGGCUAAGGACGGUGUUGGCAAGGAGGGCGGCGAGCCGAAGUAUCGCGGCGUCCGGUGUCGGCCAUGGGGGAAGUACUCGGCGGAGAUCAGGGACCCAAUUCGGCGCAUCCGGUUGUGGCUCGGCACAUUCAACACCGCCGAGGAGGCCGCGAGGAGCUACGACUGCGCCGCCAUCAGGUUGCGUGGCCCUGGUGCCACCACCAACUUCCCCAUCGCGGCCGCUGCCACCAAGUCCGUCUCGUCUUCUCUGCCACCGCGGCGUCAUAAGUACUCAGACACCAACAUCGCCUCCACAUCCGGCGCGUACGACUCCGGAGAAGAAUCUCCUCCCGACGUCACAUCUCCGACCACCGUUCUCCGCGGCUUCGCCCCAUCCUCUGCCGCCACCGCCACCGUGCCGGAACAAAAGUUCAAACUCCCGGCUACGGCCUUCCCGGCCAUCCCGCCGCCGUUGGACCUGGGCGAGUUCCUUCUUUUCAAAGAAGAGGAGGCUGUCUUCGAUGGCCUGCUAAGCUUCAACACCCCGGAGCCGCUCGGUUUCUUCCACGACCACGACGCGCCGAUCGACUUCGUGGAGGAGGACUUGGACGACGCCUUUAUCGGCUCAGGGCUCGAGGACUUCACCUCCGAUGAUCUUCCCGGUGACAUUGCCGACUAUUUCGCUGUCGACCCCUUCGCUGCCGUCUGAUCCUUCACAUCCCUUCGCCGGAUAGCGAUCAAUUGGCCAUUCUACAAAAAUUAUCCGAUCAUUUAUUAUUUAUUAUUUAUUAUUUUUUAAUUAUUAUUAUUAUUAUUAUUAGUAUUAUCGUUAAAAAAAUGUCUCCGUUAAGCGACGUAACGGAUUCAGGCGAGUUUUCUAA